AUAUUCGAACUCGUAACCUCCCGCUCCGGAGGCGAGCGCCUUAUCCAUUAGGCCACGCGAACUUAAUUGCUAUACCCAAAGCAGUCUUGAUUCGCCGAACUCUCUCUCUCUCACUCACUCGUUAAUUGCUCCGCUUCUGUCUGUGCCCUACCGGCUUCUUCCUCGCGAUAUCGACUACGUCAGUUCCCCUUCCUACUCCUCCACCAUCAUGGCUUCCGCAGUUUCCAACGCGUUUCGUUACCCUCCUCCUCUGAUUGGUCAUCGGAGCUUCAAUUCUACUCUUCGAGCUCCCAAGUCGCCGUCUUUGGUCAGGCUUCUUCCUAGAAGGGUGUUGCAGAGCAGGAUUGUGAUACGUGCUGCUUCGUCUUCUGCUUCUGCUGGAAAUCCACAGUCUGAUGGUGACUUUAACCCAUAUGAGGUUCUUGGUGUUAACCCAAUAGAGGGAUUUGACAAGAUCAAACAGACUUACGGAAGAAAACUCAAAGAAGCUCAGAGGAGUGGUGAUGAAGCCACUGCUGCUCUACUUGAGAAAGCAUAUGAUAAGCUCAUGUAUUCCCAGUUAAUGAAUAGGAAAAAGGGUGUGACUUUCGGCUCGUUUAAGGUUUCCAAGGACAUUAGAUAUGCUGAUAAGCAGCCGAUGAUACCAUGGGGUCCAAGGUAUUCCAAGUCCCCCAAGAACGCUAUGUUGAUCAACCUAGCAAUAGCAGCUGUGUUUAGUGCAUGGAUUGCCAUAAAACGUAAUGUUGAAUACAAACCGCUGCAGUUCAUGUCCUUUGUGUUUGUCUACAGAAUUUUUGAGAAACUAAAAUCCUUUGAAGGACCUUCAACUCCAACAUAUAACGAGGAAGGCGAAGAGAACGGACGAGGAUUGAAAAUGGGAAAGAGGCUUCUUCGGUCUCUUUCAUUAGUUUUCGGUUCUAUACUUGUGGCUUCCUUGGCUUACACUGGGAUCUUAAAUGUUAUUGAGUACAUGGGUAGCUCCAUACCCAUAGUACUUUACAAUAACCAGGAACUUAUAGUGACGGCCUCGUCGGCUUUGAUGCUCUAUGUCAUAGCGUCGUAUUACAGAUAAUGCGAGAGAGAUCACAAAGAGCUUGCUUUGAUCUACCAGGAGGUUUUUUAUUUUGAGAAGUUUUUGAUGUGUAGUCUGUGGCUGCUAGAUGUUUAACAAUUUGAGAUGAAGUUCUCUUUUCUUGGGAGAGAUUGGAUUUUUUAUCUUUAUAAUAUCUUAUUGUGGAAUCAAGUAAAAGACUAGUUGUUGAAAAGUUUUGUUUCGAAA